AUGGCUGUGAAGACUUUGAAUUUGGGGGCGGUGAGGAAAGGCAAGUUUGUUCGGGCAGUGAGGUUCCAUGGUUAUGCCCAUCCCAUUCGUGCGUUUAAAAUGGUUAUAACAGAGGUGGGUAGUCUGAGAACCGAGGAGGUGGCAGAGAUGAUGGCAAUAGAAGUGGAAGUUACAACAGUGAUGGUAGAAGUGGAGGCGGUGGCAAUAGAGGUGGUGGUCGUGGUGGCCCUCCAGCCGGGCAUGGUAGUAUGUGGUGGAUCGAGGAGUCAAGGAGGAAGUGGUGGUUCUGAUGGCAAUGAAUUGGAUUAG